AUGAACCACAUUAAACUUAAAGCCAUUUAUAGUUUUAGAAGUGAACAAAAUAAAAGUGGACGUUUGGAAAAUGGAAAACAUUGUUUGGAAACUUUUAAAAAUCGAAAAAAUAAUUUCAUAGGAAAAGCCAUACAAAUGUUUAUGAAACAGUUGAAGUAUUCUAAGGUUGAUGCGUGUUAUGUGUGGAGAGUUACUUCAGGACAGAAAACAUUGAUUUUUCAAGCAAGUUAUAAUUGUUCAGGUCAUUGA